CUGGCGCCUCUCUCCAGUGCUCACAUGAUCAUGGCCAACCCGGUUCCCUUCAACGCCCCAAAUAACUCACCACUCGCCCCAGAUGGUUCCGACUUCCCUUGCAAGGGCCCAGCUAGUGGUUCUGCUACAGUGAACGAGUGGCCCGCUGGAUCAACCCAAUCCCUCUCCUUCUCGGGCACUGCCGUUCAUGGCGGUGGAAGCUGCCAGAUGAGCGUAAGCACCGACAAACCGCCCACCAAAGAUUCCAAGUGGAAAGUCAUCUAUAGCAUCGAAGGCGGAUGUCCUGCCAACGUAGAGGGUAACCUGGAUCAAAAUGGUGAGAGCUACAACGGCAGUUUCCCCUUUACCGUCCCCCAGGAUCUUCCUUCCGGCGACCUGACUGUGGCUUGGACGUGGUUCAACAAGAUCGGUAACCGCGAAAUGUACAUGAACUGCGCUUCUGUUUCAGUCACUGGCGGCGCGGAUGAUGCAUCGGGUCUGGAUGUGCUUCCCGAUAUGGCGAUUGCGAAUAUAAACGUCCCGGGCUCGUGUGGUACGACGAAAGAAGGGGCCGACUAUACAUUUGCGAAUCCAGGCAUGUUUGGUACGACAUCUAGCGAGGGUCCGUUUAUGGAUCUUUGCGCGGGUACAACUUCGCAGCCUGGAAUGGGUCGUAGUGGUGGUGGCGGUGGUAGUGGCUCUGAUGGUGCUGGGGCUUCUUCACAGGCUCCAGUUGCAUCAGAUGCUGGAUCCGCGAUGUCGUCGACCUUCCGUACUGUCAAGACUGUCACCGCGCCCAUGGCUCCUGUGCCUACCAACCCAGGUGGUGUCAUGGCUCCUUCUGCUUGUAGUGCCAUUCCGGCUCCCAAGCCCAGGCCCGCUCAACCUUCUCAAGGCCCCGGUCCCACUCAACCCAUCGCAGCCCCAGUCCCGAGCCCCGUUGCACCUCGUCCCUCAGCUGGGCCAGCCCCAGGCUCUGGAUUCUCUACUGGCAUGCCUUGCUCUACUGAUGGCCAACUUGUCUGCUCACCCGACGGUACGCAAUACGGUCUUUGUAACUUUGGAAAGGCAUUUAUGAUGCCCGUGGCUGGAGGCACAAAAUGUGUGAAUGGAGCCAUUGCAAAGCGUGACGAUUACACCCACCGGAACCAGCGCACUGCCAUC